AUGAAGUUUCUCGGUGCCACUGUUGCUGGUCUCGCCAGCUUCCUGUCUAUUCAGGUCGCUGCCAGCCCAGUUCCCACUCCCGUCGAGGGCCGUCAGGCCAGCGGAACUGUGUCGAACAAGGUCAUCUUCUCCCCGCCAUCCAACGCCGGCUGGGUCGACCCUCGUGUUCUCUACGCCCGCGCUCUCCAGCUGGAUUCGGGUGACCUGAUUGCCACUUGGGAGAACUACUCCCCUGAGCCGCCCAUCGUCUACUUCCCCAUCUGGCGCUCAUCCGACGGUGGAAACACCUGGGCUGAGAUCGGCCGCGUUCAGGACCAAGUCAACGGAUGGGGCUUGCGCUACCAGCCCUCUUUCUACAAGCUGCCUACCGAAUUCGCUGGUUACCCGGCUGGCACCAUUCUGCUCGCCGGUAACAGCAUUCCCACGGACCUCAGCCUGACCAAGAUUGACGUCUACGUCAGCACCGAUGGCGGUGCCAACUGGGAGUUCCUCAGCAGCGUCGCCAGCGGAGGCGAGGCCCGCCCCAACAACGGCCUGACUCCCGUUUGGGAGCCUCACUUCUUGCUCCACGACGGCGAGCUCAUCCUCUACUACGCCGACCAGCGCGAUCCCAAGUACGGCCAAAAGCUUUCCCACCAAGUUACCAAGGACCUCAAGACCUGGAGCGCGAUCGUCGACGAUGUCAACGACCCUAAUGCCUAUGAGGCCCGUCCCGGCAUGCCUGCCAUCACCAAGCUGCCCAACGACGACUUCCUCUACGCCUACGAGGUCUGUGGCACCGAUGGCUGCCGCGUGCACUACCGUCUCACAAAGGAGCCCCGCAACAUCCUCGCCGCCCCAGGCAUCUCUUUGGUCAGCGACAAGGGCACUCGCCCCGUCAGCUCGCCCCAGGUUGUCUGGUCUCCUCUCGGCGGUGUGAACGGCACCAUCAUCCUCAGCGCGGGCAGCCAGUCCAACAUCUUUGUCAACCAGAAGCUCGGUGCUUCCAACGCGUGGGUCGAGUACGCUGUUCCCCAGCCCAACGCCUACUCUCGUGGCCUUGAGCUUCUUGAUGAUGGCACCAAGCUGGCCAUUAUCGGUGGCGGCAGACUGCCUCCCAGCAGCACCAACCAAGUCAGCAUUAGCGUUGUUGACCUUAAGACGCUGCUUGGACUGUAA